UCGUGAUCGCGCACGCCGCGCCUGUUUUUAAUCGGGCGCGCGGACGUGCGCGUCCCCGCGGAGUCUUUGUGUGGCGGCGUAGAGAAGCGCAAAUACAAUAACCAUGGCCGACGAGAAACCCAAGGAGGGUGUAAAGACAGAAAACAACGACCACAUCAACCUGAAGGUGGCGGGUCAGGACGGCUCGGUGGUCCAGUUUAAAAUCAAGAGACACACACCGCUCAGCAAACUCAUGAAGGCCUACUGCGAGAGACAGGGACUGACAAUGAGGCAAAUUCGAUUCCGGUUUGACGGACAGCCUAUUAACGAGACAGACACGCCCGCACAGUUGGAGAUGGAGGAUGAAGACACAAUUGACGUUUUCCAGCAGCAGACAGGAGGACACCGAAUCUGAAUAACUCUCCACCGACAUCUCUCUCUCUCUCUCUGCUCAUCUGUACCUGCUGUUGUAUAGUGUUUUCACCAUUUCAUGUUCACCAUGUUCCUCUUUGGUUUUGUACAUAAAGGGUUCCUGCUCCAGGACUAUCACAGCCAGAUCAUGUGAGAAAGCCAGCCGUGUGUGUUUUUGAGUUCAGGGUUUGUUCUGCUUCAGAUACGAGCACACACACACACACACACACACACACACACACACACACACACACACACACUGGCCUUUUUUUUUUUUGCCAAGUUGAAAUUGUGGAUAAAUAAAUGCAUAGAUGCUCUGCUCUGUUACUUCUCAAGCAGACACAAAAGCUGCGGGUUUCCAUUCAGACUAAUUGGUUUUAUUUUUGUUUUACCGUAGUGGUCAUGUAUAGUGAGGCACUUGUGUUCAACAUGUUUCUACUCCAGUGGUUAAUCGAGGGAAUUCAUGUUUCAGACAAGUCCCAGCCAUCCGUCUGUAUUGUCCAAUAAUCUCUUGUUAAAAUAAAAUAUUCUCUUUUUAUCAAA